AUGUUUAAGUUUGAGUACGAUCUGAACGACGCGGCGGCCGAGGAGGAGACAGCCGUGCGUUUUCCCGGCCAGGGCGAGGAGUUCUGCAGCACAGAUGCUGCUGGGAAGAGCGCUGGUGUGAUUGAUGAGGAGUGGGCGGCGGGGCCAGCACGGCCCUCGUCUUCGUCGGCGAUGGAGCCAUUUGUGUGCCACUACUGUGAUGCGCGGUUCCGGAUGCGCGGGUACUUGACCCGGCACAUCAAGAAGCACGCGAUCGAGAAGGCUUUCCGAUGCCCCUUCUUCCAGCGUGGGCAGCCGCGGGACUUGCAAUGCCACCCUUCUGGCGGGUUCAGCCGGCGGGACACGUACAAGACACACUUGAAGGUGAAGCACGUGCUGUACCCGCCCGGAGUGCGGCCCUCGGACCGGAACCGUUCCGGUGGGCACUGCACCGCUUGCGGAGAGUAUACAGAGAGCCUACACGAGUGGGUGGAGCAACACAUCGAGAGUGGCGCGUGCCAGGGGCUCCCGGCGGACUACAUCCGGGCGCAGCGCAGCGCACGGUCCUCUGGCCGCCUCCGCGUCGUCAAGACCUCGACGGGCCACGCCCGGUUCAUCUCCACGGUGCAAAGUGUCGUCGAGCCCGCAGUGCUCCUCAACAAAGAAGCCCUCGAGGCCAUGGCCAUCGUGGCCCACAGCACCAACACGGCUAAUAUUCUAUCCCAGUACGGCAGAGACAAGAUCAUCAUGGCCGCAGAGAACUACACUGGCGAGGCGAGGACUCCCCCGCGCGCAACGACCCCCCCGCCGCCGCCGCCAGCAGCGCCGGGACUCGACCUCAGCGUCUUCGACUUCGACCACUUCACCGCGCAGCACGACGACGCGGACCCAGCAGCACCGCACGCGGGCCUCUGGCAGCUCCUGGGCGACCAACGGCUCGACGACUCGAUGCCCCGCAGUACGUAA